UCAGGGUGUGCACAGGCCCGGGUGAUCGUGCAGAUGACCAUGACGGACGCCCCGCUUCACGUCGUGUGUUUGCUGUUGCUGCUGCCUCCGCUGAGUCGGGCCGGGUACACGCUGACGCCCGGCAGGCAGCCUCAGCACAAGGUGUUGCACCUGGACUGGCCCAAAGACUGCGGGACGGCCUACUUCAAGCCCAACAUGGUCGAGAGGAUCGUGUCAGGCAAUGAGGCCAGACCGCACUCAUGGCCCUGGCAGGUCUCUCUGCAGGUUCGGCCCAGAGGUAGCAAACACUACAUCCACGUCUGCGGAGGAACUCUGAUCCACAAGAACUGGAUCCUCACUGCUGCUCACUGCUUCCAAAAAGGCAAGGCGGAGGACGCCAGCUCGUGGAGGAUCGUCCUGGGGAAGCACCGUCUGAAGCGCUCCGAGUUGGUGGAGAGGGUUUUCCCGGUGAAGAGGAUCUACCGGCACGAGAACUUCCGCUACCCGGCCCACAGCGAGCUGGACUACGACAUCGCUCUGGUGAAGGCCGGCGCCGACAUCCUCCCGUCCAACUUCAUCCGCUACGCCUGCCUGCCGCGCAAGCAGACCAACCUGAAGCCGGGGCACUACUGCUGGGUGACGGGCUGGGGCGACACCCGGGGAGGGAAGGAGAACGUGUCCCUGUCCGAAGCCCUCAAUCAAGCCCGACUUCCUGUCAUUGACUUCAAAACCUGUCGACAGAAGAAGUUCUGGGGCGACCGCGUCCGAGACUCCAUGAUCUGCGCCGGCUUCAGGGAUACGGGGGAUCCGCCUGCUGCUUGUCAGGGCGACUCUGGCGGACCUCUGCUCUGCCAGCUGGGCCGGGACCGCUGGGAGGUGCACGGCGUGGUGAGUUUCGGCCCCAUCGGGUGCACGGUGGAGAACAAGCCCAGCGUCUUCACCAGAACCUCCACAUACAUCCACUGGAUCGAGAGCACGCGCAUCCGAGACUUCUUCCUGCACUGAGCAGCCUCUGCUUUUACAAUA